ACUUAUUAUAAAACGAAACAGGCAAAUAAUCGUUUUAAUUAGAGUGCGUGCGCGAAAAAUGGACCAUGUAGACGAUCAGUGCAGCCAAUUGGACGCUUAUGCGGAGCACAUCGAGGACAUCGGAGCCCGGAAAAUCACCCAGGGACCGGAACUGAUUUCGGACCGAAAUUUUGCCCGGCUUUGUGUCGUACCGUGCGGUCUGGAAGAGUUAACUGCUGUUCUACAAUCGUUGCUUGCACGCUUCUCGGCAGCCGGCAGUGACCAGCAAACGAAUAGCAGCGAUCCGAGUGGGUCCUACCAGCGCGGUUCGCUGUUACGAGAGAUUAUAUCGGAAGUCAUCGGGAGGGUCGAAGAGUUUCGCACCCUCGAGCAGUAUCUGUGGUUGGUGAAAUUUUCCUGCGCGUUAGCGCUGCUGAAGAAUGUACCGGCUGGAAUUGCGUUCGAGACCAAUCGAGUCAUUCGCACCGUUGCGGGCUUGAACACCGAAGAGUAUGAGUUCGAUCCGUUAAAGAUUCACAUCAUUGCCAAGAGCCUGUUCGAAGACAUUCCAUUGGAUGGCAUGAAUCUGAUUCACGUUAUCAAAAAACUAGCCGUGCUAAAUCAGAAGCUUCUCUAUUACGUCUCGAUAGCACUGCUGUUCGCUGGUAUUCAACGGUACACGGGGGCUGCCGGAGGCAGCAAAGACUCUCCGGUUUCCAAAAUGUACCGGCUGCACAGUUUCGACGACAUGCUAGCUCAUUUGCAGGCGGUAAAAAUUGACGACCUGCAGCAAAAGCUGGACAUCCGGCGGUUUUUUCUGCUGCUGAAGUUACUAUCCCUCUAUCAGAAUGCGGUUCUGCUGCGGCACAGCGCCGCCAGCCGGCGCGAGCUGGACGAACAGCACUGCUGUUUUGGGGAGUUUUUCCGCGUUCGAAUCGAUCAGAAACAAUCGUACCUGCAGUGGUUGCGCACCGCACGGAAUGUGGCCAGCAGUCGGAACAGCAAAUCGUCGAAGAUUGCCGACCGGGAGGAUUUUCUGCUGGUUAUCGAAUUGAUCGAUUUGGACAUGAUACCGCUGAUUGAAGACGAUAUCGGUGAUGAUUAGUUAAAAGUGACUUCCUGCAUUCUAUUCAUAUGUGAUCUGAUAGUAACUUAAUUUAGAACCAGUUGAAGUUAAGAGAUAGACACCCCUAUUCUGUAUUUCGAACAAACCUUUAUUUCGUUUGACUUGUGUCGAACGAGAUGUUUUGCCCAUUUGAUUUUGCUGGUGGAAAUUUCGUUCGAAAAAACUUUCGUUCGAAAUAUAGCAUAGCGG